AUGUCAACAGCAUCAAAAAUCACUCUUGGGGCCUCAUGUGCCUUUGCAGUUGGUGCAUUUGUUUUCAUCAAUUACUCACAACAAGCUGAAAGACAAGCAUUAAGACAAGGACCAAUAAAAGAUGCUGCCCGACAACAAGCUAAGCAAUUGGAAAAACUGAAAAAACAAUUGGCUAAUGAACUUGAACAUAAAGAACAGAAUGAAUUGAGAGAGAAAUAUUUGAAAUUACAACCAUUAAGUGAUGAAAUUAUACAAGGUGAAGAAGGAAAAACUAUUCCUCCCAAAGAUUCUUAA